AUUUAAUUAAACGGGGCCUAAAACUUAAGAAAGAAAAUGAAAUAACAUUAAUUAAAAAACCAGUGAUAUAUCACCCUAAGAAGAAAGGCAGAAACACAUAGAAAAAAGGAGUUUAUUUAAUUAAUUUGUUGAUUCUUCCAUAACGUUUGUUUGUUGGAGGUGUGAAAGAUGCGUAGAGGGGUAGAUGAAGAAAAUGGGAGCGUGGGUGUGGCAACACCAGUGUUACCUUCUUCGAGUUCAAGCAGUAGCGCUACCACGACGGCACGAAUCGGACGGAGAGCAGAUCCAUUCCUUGUAGUUUGUGGCUGUUUCAGUUUCAUAACCGCUUUAGCUGCUAUUCUCUGUAUCGCCGUUAAUGUUCUCUCUGCUAUUCGCUCCUUCAAAAAUCAAUCCACUAUUUUCGAUGGCAUAUUUCGUUGUUACGCUGUUCUCAUAGCGGUUUUUGUGGUUCUCGCUGAGACGGAAUGGGGCUUCGUUGUUAAGUUCUGGCAGGUUCUAGAGUAUUGGGCUGGCAGGGGUAUGCUGCAGAUAUUUGUGGCAGUGAUGACCAGGGCUUUCCCCGACUAUAAUGGGGAGCGAAAAGAUCUUGUUAUUCUUCAAAACAUUGCCUGUUAUCUGCUUCUUUCUUGUGGCGUAGUUUACGUUAUCUCGGGAGUCCUAUGUGUUGGUUUCCUAAAACGUCAUCGCCAGAAGCAGGAGAUCACUAGAGAGCAAGCAACCAAGGAUCUUGAGGAGUUGGAACGGCGCAGAGAAGAACUUGAGCAGUUGCUUGUGGCAGAAUAGGUUUGAAGCUUUGAAAGUAGUGCUGAAAUUGUCUAAUUACACGGUGAAGAGUGAAGAGACCUCUAAAGGAAACAUGACCUAUGAAUGUCCUUAUGUUAGUGUGGGCUGCUGGUUACUAUAUUGUUUGUUCACUGUAUGAAACUAUUGAAUUACAUUCUUCAAUGUGAAAAAUUGACCUAUGCUGUGUAAAUAUGUAAAGGUAGUAUUCAAAAUGGUGUUUCAACAUUCGAUUUGUGUGGAAAUUGAGUUAACAUCAGUACAUGUCUUCGAUGCAUAUAGCCCUUUACCAUCCAAUAAUUUUUGAAUGGGAAAUUUAAUAUCAACCAACCAAAUUAUGAAA